UAAACGAUUCGGGGCGGAUGACGGUUAUGAUCACAGGAUAUUUAAACCGUUCAAUGUCAGAGGUGUAAAUGUAGAAUUCAAACGAGUGAAAUUUAAUAAAGACUGUUGUUGAAAGUGCAUAGUUAUUAUAGUCAAAUGGAUAAUGGCCUCACAAAAAGCUGAAAAAUCGAUAUUAAAGAGUCGUUUGGAGGAUGCCCAAAAGAUAAUAUUGCGUUUAGAGGAAGAACUGAGAUUGCUUAAAUUGGAGAAUGAAAAUUUGAAACAAAUUACUGGUAAAAUAGUGACAGCAUCUCCAAAUGUUAAUAUAAAAGGUUGCACUUGUAAAGGCAACUGCUCAAAUAAGAUUUGUGGGUGUGUUAAAAAGAAUAAUCAUUGUGGACCUUUGUGUAAAUGCAACAAUGUUUCAUGUCGAAAUCAAUUGCAAGAAAAUGAGAAUAUUCAUGAAAAAUAUAAUAUACUGGAAGAAAGUUCAACAAAAAUUCCAAAGCAUUCAGCAGAUGGUCAAAUAAAGAAUAAACAUUCAAAUAUCUUAAAGGAAAUUGAAAAUGGUCAGUUGCAUGAUAAACAUUUGGAGCAAGUUAAAACAUCUAGGAGUAUAUUUAGUCCAGAUUGCGAAACAGAUAAUUCAGUCAAAUAUGAUAAUUAUGAAAUGGAGGACAUGAUUAGGUUUAAUGAUGUUAGAGUUACUUUGCAUUUUGAUUCUACAGUUCAGACUGAUGUAGAAGAUGUGAACAAACCAAAAGAGACACGAAAUACAAGAAAAAAGAAAUACAGUAAGAAAGAGAGAUCCUAUGAAGAGAAUUCUACAUUGACUCCUAGUCUACCUGAAAAUACAAAUAGAAAGAAACGAUCUAAGCCUAUUGAGAUAAACACAACAGAAAAUGGGAAUUUCAAAGAAAAUCCUUCAAAAAAAGAUGCCAAUUUAAAAGAAGGAGGGCCACAGAAAAACUCAAAGAUAUUUAAAAAAUUAUUAAAUACAACACCAGCCACACGACGGGUAAGGAACAAGACAAAACAUACUGAAAAAUCUGAAGGUGUGAAAGUUAUCAGUACAGCUGAUGAGAAUGAUGUAUCCAAGAACAUUACUCAAAACAAAAAACCUAAAACGAAAAUUGAAGCUGAAAGAUCACCUGGAGAAUCUGCGUAUUCAUCUGCUGAAGAACAAAAUAUUUUAGUUAGAAGCAAUUCCCAGUUAGAUAAAAGUUUUAAUCCUAUGAAACCACGACACCAAUUACUGAGAUCACCUGCUGGAAGCAUAAACUAUUCAAGGACAGUCAAUGAAUCUGACACCCCUACAGAUUCACAAGCAAUGGAAAAUAUUGGUGAAUUCCCACCCCCGCUAGAUAUUAAUGAACCUGAAGUUGACUGGGAAAAGCAUAAAGCAGAACUUGUUCAAUGCAAGCUAUGCAAACGUAAAUUUUUCCCGCAUCGCAUUAAAAAACAUGAGCUUAAUUGCAAACAAACUUAAUGGUUUUGAGCAAAUAUAUCAGGAUAUAAGUUUUAUGAUCAUUAUUACAAUCGCACUUUCUUUUACUGUAAAGAGAUUUGCUUUUUUUUGUUUACUAUU